AUGAAUGGUCCGAUAAAGCUGACAUCAACGCAAGUGGAAGACAACCGGAGACAGAUCUACAUCUCACCUGAAGCGGAGAGGAUCAUCUCCAACCUCCAGCCUCACUCCGUGGACGUGGUGGCAGUGGUGGGACCGAUGAGGAAAGGAAAGUCCCAUCUAGCAAAUCUCCUGUGCAAAAAGAAGUCUGGGUUCCCACUUGGAGACGAACUGAAACCGAAAACCAAGGAUUUUUGGUUCUGGAUCGAUCCCCACCCUGUUCAGACGAACCGAUACCUGAUGGUUAUCGACACAGAAGGCCUGGGCGACUACUCUGACGAGGAACAGAACGAAAAAGACAUCAAGUACCUAGUUCUGGCCACGCUGCUUUCAAAUCACCUGGUCUUCAACCUCCAGGGUAACCCGGACCAUAGCUUUGUUUCUCAGCUCAGGUUGAUGGGGGAUCUCGCAGAGCAUGUCCGUGUUCAAAAAGAUGGUAACGACGGAGGAAGCAACCUUGGUCACCACUUUCCCGAGUUGUGGGUGGCCGUGCAAGAUGCGCAUCUUAAACCUCAUGAAAUAAACGGAAGACGCCUAACUCCUGAUGAGUUUCUGGAGUAUAUGCUGAAGCGAAAAGACGGUCAUACAAAGGCGAUCCGCUCCCACAACGACAUGACUGACGCGGUGAAGGCUUUCUUCCCGAAGCGGCACCUCCGACUCAUUCCUGCACCCUCCAUAGACUCUGAUAUCCUGAGCAACCUUGACAAAGCGGAAGACAACGUUCUACAAACAGACUACAAGGAUACUGUUGGUAACUUCACCAGUGAGAUUUGGAACUCAGGUCGGGUCAAGAGGGUCAACGGAGAUGACAUAAAAACCACCGGUCUUCUCCACAUCCUGCAGUACUACGUCAAAGCCAUCAACGACCCAAACGCCCUGCCGUCAGUCCUCGGUGCUUACGAGGCCAUGGCAGAAGGAGAGUGCAGCCGGGCUUUUGAAGAGCAGAUGAAACAGUUCCAGGAGACCGUGGAGAAAACAGUGAAGCCACUGAUGCCGACUGACGAGGAGACCUGCAACAGGAAAAUCCAGACUGAAGAAGAGACUGCAGUUUCCAGGAUGUCUGCAGAUGUGGGGAAAUGGGACAAAGACGGUACAUGGAGGAGAAGCCUACAGGGGAAACUCGAGACAGAACGCCUUGCUCUGCUCAAGCUUAACAGCGACAAAUCUAAGGAACUCUGCGAGGCGAUCAUCAAAGAAGUCGACCAGCCCGUCCGACAGAAAGUGGGGAGGGGCGAGUACAACAGAAUCGGUGGAAUCGAUACAUACGAGAGGGAGAUGGAUGACGUGUACAGCGCCUAUAGGCAAAAAGCUGCCGGAAAAGGCCCAGCGGUGGAAAAAGUACUGGAGACCUUCCGUGUCACGGAGACGACCAGGAGGAACACGAUUAGGGACACCGACGGCAAACUGGUGAAGGAAGAUCGUCGGGUUAAGGAAGAGCAGAGAAAGAAACUAGAGGCCGAGGCAGCAGCAGAAAGGGCCGCUGACAAGGAAAAAGUGGCGAAAGCUGAAGCGGCGACGGCUGUCGAGGCAAAGAAGCUCGCAGAGGCCGAAAGGGAUGCAGAAACAGCGAGGAGACAAGCAGCUGAAGCUGAGGCCAGACAAGCAAAGGAGGAAAGGCGACGGAGAAAUCUUCUGGAUAUCGUUUUGGAUAUUUUUGGCUUUUGA